CUCGCUCUGUAUGUGAAGAAGAGCAUGAUGUAACGUGAACAAUUUCCAAAUAAAACACGAUUUUCGACCAGAAAUUAUGUCUCAUCGCUUUUUAUCGUUGGCUAGACAUUCGGAGAAGUUGGUGAAGAAGCUUCUAAAACCAAAUUGCAGUCACGCUGAGCUGCAAAAGAGUGCUCACUCAUUUUCAAAGAAACUAUCUCGCACACCAAGUUUAGUGAAUGCCCUUCAAGAAUGGGGCAUACUACGCCAAGAAGUACCAAAGGGAUUUGGAAAGUAUUUUCCAGGUGGAAAGAAGCCCACAGCUGCCAAAGAAAAGUCUAGCCCGUCAUCUGGAGCCAGACCUCCACCAAAAGAUCCGAUUCAACCCAGGUCCAGAUCAUCAGAGCAGGGAGGCAAACCAGAGAAGAAAAUAGAAUUUAGCUUCAAUGCUGGUCAAAGGGGAUUUAGUUUCGGUGGAGGCGGAGACCCUAACAACAAGCUCUGGCUUGGAGUGCUGGCUGGUGUUGGGCUCGUGUCGUUCGUGGCAUUUUACAAUAUGCAAUAUAAAGAGCUCACAUGGAAGGAAUUCUUAUCAAAUUAUAUGAACAGGCAUAUCGUUGAUAAAUUAGAAGUUGUAAAUAAAAAGUGGGUGAGAGUGAAAUUGGUCCCAGGAACACAGAUAGAUGGAUCGAGUGUUUUAUGGUUCAACAUUGGUAGUGUGGAAGUAUUUGAGAGGAACCUGGAACAUGCCCAACACGAGAUGGGUAUAGAACCAUCUAAUUAUGUAAACGUUGUGUACAAGUCAGAGGCAGAACUGGCAUCUAUGGCUUAUUCUGCCGUCAGUUUCAUAGUCCCGAUAGCUAUCAUAAUCUAUUUGUUCAGCAGGACAUCAAGUAUGUUUGGGGGCAAGAGCGGUGGUGUAGGUGGGCGUUCUGGAGGUCUCUUCGGUGGCUUUUCUCAGUCAACGGCAAAGAUGAUCAAAAGUGAUGAAGUUGGAGUCAAGUUCUUUGAUGUGGCUGGCUGUGAGGAAGCCAAGGUGGAAAUCAUGGAAUUUGUAAACUUCCUGAAGAAUCCCCAGCAGUACCUCGACCUCGGAGCCAAGAUCCCCAAGGGCGCCAUCCUGACCGGCCCGCCAGGAACUGGCAAGACCCUCCUGGCUAAGGCGACGGCAGGAGAAGCCAAUGUUCCCUUCAUAACAGUAUCUGGGUCAGAGUUUCUUGAGAUGUUUGUCGGUGUUGGGCCGUCUAGGGUUCGUGAUAUGUUCAGCAUGGCGAGGAAGAAUGCUCCGUGCAUCCUGUUCAUUGAUGAGAUAGAUGCCGUCGGCCGGAAGAGAGGUGGCAAGAGUUUCGGUGGACACAGCGAGCAAGAAAAUACGCUCAAUCAACUUCUCGUGGAGAUGGAUGGUUUUACUCCUCAGAGCAACGUUGUGAUUCUUGCUGCUACAAAUCGUGUUGAUAUCUUGGAUCCAGCGUUACUUCGACCUGGGCGAUUCGACAGACAAAUAUUUGUGGCUUUGCCAGAUAUCAAGGGCAGGGCAUCCAUAUUCAAAGUGCAUCUCAAAGCCUUGAAGACUGAACUGGACAAGAAUGACUUGGCCAGGAAAAUGGCCGCCCUUACUCCUGGAUUCUCAGGUGCUGAUAUUGCCAACGUUUGUAAUGAAGCUGCCCUGAUCGCAGCCCGAGAUCUCAACACAUCCAUCAAUGUCAAACACUUUGAACAGGCAUCAGAAAGAGUCAUUGCUGGCCUUGAGAAGAAGACUCAAGUUUUACAGCCCGAGGAGAAGAAGACUGUUGCCUACCACGAAGCUGGUCAUGCUGUGGCUGGAUGGUUCUUGGAGCAUGCUGAUCCAUUACUCAAGGUUUCGAUCAUUCCUCGAGGUAAGGGUCUUGGUUAUGCGCAGUACCUUCCAAAAGAGCAGUAUCUCUACACCAAGGAGCAGCUCAUGGAUCGCAUGUGUAUGGCUCUUGGUGGCCGAGUGUCGGAGGAAAUAUUCUUCAAGCGAAUCACCACCGGUGCUCAGGAUGAUUUGAAGAAGGUGACACAGAAUGCAUAUUCACAGAUUGUUCAUUUCGGCAUGAAUGAGAACGUCGGUCAGUUAUCCUUCGAUAUGCCUCAGCAAGGCGAGAUGGUAUUUGACAAACCUUACAGUGAGGAGACAGCACAGAUGAUAGACAGAGAAGUCAGGACUUUGGUCGGGAAUGCUUACACUAGGACAUCAGAGCUGCUUCUCAAACAUAAGGAAAGUGUAGAGAAGGUGGCACUUCGUUUACUCGAGAAAGAAAAAAUCGACAAAGAUGACAUGACCGAUUUGUUAGGCAAGAGACCCUUCGCUGAGAAGUCAACGUAUGAGGAGUUUGUCGAAGGAACAGGAUCGUUUGAGGAGGAUACAACUCUGCCCGAAGGUCUCAAGGACUGGAACAAGGAACGAGAGGCCGAGGAACCAAAAAGUAAAAUGUCCACACCACCUCCAUCGCCCACGUCUUCUUCAUGAUGAGAAAGAGACUUAGAUGUGAUUGUGUUAUGUGUGAUAUUAUGCAUUAGAAAUAAGAAAUUGGAGUUGUAUAAACUCUUCAUGGGGUUGUCUCUUUACUUUGUACUGUCAUUGAUAAUAAAGAUUUGAAGUUGAAAUAUAAGAAUGGCUGUCUCAUGUGCUGGGUUGUUAAACAUAGUCCUCUGGUUAUUUUGUCAGUGGUCGAUAGAGAACAUCUGGGCCAAGAUAGAGAAAAUGGACUUUUGUGCCAAAAUUACCAUGGAAGAAAGAACUGUUGAUGCUACUACUGGUACUGAUGACCUCACUUGGUAGUCUUAUCAUUUCUGCAAAAAUGUGAAUGAAAUAAAGUGCU